CGGUUUUGAUCCAUUAUUGACCGCUCUUCAGUUUCCUUUACUAAUGAAAUGAUGGAUUUUCUAUUCUGCGAUCGUUUUUAAAUUAUGCGGGUUUGUUCGAUUUUGGGAUCCUAUUUUGAACUGUGACAUGGGCUAUUUCUCUUUCCUUGGCUACUUAGUUUGUCAGCUCUUGUUUCUUGGAAUUCGUGGAUUUUUUUUUUUUUUUUUGUGAUGUUUGCUUCUUCUCCCAUUGGUGGUAGUUUUCUUGAAUUCUUCCAUUCUCUUCUUACAUUUCAGCGAAAAUUUUAGCUUCAUAUCAUUCUAUUUUCUUAUUCUUUCUGUUGUUUUGUCAAUUAUCCGGUUUGGUUUUAAUUCGGAUUUUUUUCGUUAGUAUUAUUAUCCAUGAUCAAUUCUAUUUACUACAGAAAUUUCAUUUUCAAAAUGUGAUUGGUUCUUGAUAGAGUUUUCGUCCUGUCUCAUGCAAGAUAUAAUGUCCUUUCCCCCUUUGAUUAAGAAAUCUAAUGGGGUAUUAUGAUAGUGAGCUGUUGACUCUAGGAUAUCCCUUCAACUUUUGGCUGAAUUUGAGUUGAAGCUUUAGAAUAAUGUUGAUAUUAUAGAUAUCUGUAUGAAUUUUUAGAGAGUGCUUGUCAAUCCCAAAUUUUAUCUUGCUCCUCUUUGGUAAGAAAUCUUUGAUUUGAAUGCUAUUAAGGGCAAGCCUGGACAUGUUGCCUAUGAAUGUCCUAAAAAGAAGCCUAGUGUGGUGCCAUCACCAUAUAGGUCCGGUAUGAAGACCUUCUUGCUGUGGUGCCGUCACCAUCCAGGUUCCCCCUCACAUCCAUCAUCCCCAUCUCCUGGCCGUCUCCUUCCUUCCCCUCCUACUUCCCAAAAUGGUCCAACUUUGAGUGCCCUCUUCAGUCAAGCUCUAGUGCUCUUCCAAGAAGGUGUUCCACUUCACUUUGUCACCCCAAGGUUAUGGGACCUUCAAGAUAGCUCAUUUCCCCUUUGUGUUGCUGGACGAUGAGGCAAAUCUCUGUUUGGGCACUUCUUCACAAAUGACCUCCUCUUUCCACAUCGUGAAACUAUCCCUUGCGUAAAAAUGGUGAAUCCAAGUUCCCAACAUAAGAGGCAGCAGGCCAAGAAAUUCUCUCCUACACCACCUCCUAUGGAUGCAAAAUUUCAGACAAGUGAUGAUGAAUGCAGUGAAGUUCAAAAUGCUACUACUACAGAUGCCAUCUCAAAAUCCCCCGAGGCAACCUCAUCAUCCAGUGUUAAUGUUAAUACUAGUCUUCCUGCUAAAAAUACUGAGACAGAUUUUGGCAGUUCAAUUCUUGUGGACGAAAAACCUCCGACAGAGAACGGUGAUAGUGGAGAGCAGCUAUCUAUUGUUAGACCUGAGGAUUUGAUAGGCAUGAUAAGGAAUGCUGAAAAAAAUAUCUUGCUUCUGAAUGAAGCUCGGAUUCGCGCACUUGAAGAUCUUCAAAAUAUUGUUGGUGAGAAGGAGGUUUUGCAAGGAGAGAUCAACAUCUUGGAGACAAGGCUGGCAGAAACUGAUGCAAGGAUUAAAGUUGCAGCUCAAGAAAAAAUACACGUGGAAGUCCUUGAAGAUCAGUUGGAGAAGUUGAAGAAGGAGCUUGCAGGAAGAACAGCUACUGGGGAAAGUGGCCAUGAUGCAUAUGAGGACCGAAAGCAAACUUUGAAGGAAGGUCCUCUCUUACAGAAUAAUGUCUUUUCUUCUCUUGGCGGGGUACAAUCUCUCAGUGAAGAGUUUAGUUCAUUGAGGAAUGAGAAUAUGUCCCUGAAGGAGGAUAUACAAGAACUUAAAGCAGAACUGAAUGAUGUCAUGCAAGCAGAUGAGCGUGUAUUGUUGCUUGAGAAAGAUUGCUCUUCUUUGGAGGCUGCUUUGAAGGACUUGGAGUCUAAACUUGUGGUUGCUCAGGCAGAUGUUUCAAAGCUUUCUUAUUUGCAAUUUGAAUGUAUGGACCUGCGGGAGAAGCUAGGAAGUUUGCAGGGAUUGCUUGAUAUGACAACUAAACAAGCAGAUCAAGCUAUUAAAGCAUUACAGGAAAAUCAUGAGCUACGAAAGAAGGUUGACAGGUUGGAAGAAUCCCUGGAAGAUGCUCAUGCAUAUCGAUUAUCGUCGGAAAAGAUGCAACAGUAUAAUGAGCUUAUGCAACAGAAAAUUAAACUUCUGGAAGAGCGCCUUCAAAGGUCUGACCAGGAGAUAUAUUCUAAUGUUGAGUUAUACCAACAAUCUGUCAAGGAAUUUCAAGAUACAUUGAAUAGUCUGAAAGAAGGAAGCAAAAGGGCACAAGAUGGACCUGUGGAUGAUAUGCCAUGGGAAUUUUGGAGUCAGCUAUUACUCCUUAUGGAUGGUUGGUUACUUGAGAAUAAAAUAUCAUCCAAAGAUGCAAAAUUUUUAAGAGAAAUGGCAUGGAAGAGAGAUGGACGUAUUCGUGACGCAUACGUGGCAUGCAGGGACAAAAAUGAACGUGAAGCUGUGUCUCUGUUUCUCAGGCUGACAUCGUCAUCAACACAUCCUGGAUUGCAUAUCAUCCAUAUUGCAGCAGAAAUGGCACCAGUUGCAAAAGUUGGCGGUCUGGGGGAUGUUGUGGCUGGUCUAUGUAAAGUGCUGCAGAAGAAAGGACAUCUUGUGGAAAUUAUUCUUCCAAAGUAUGAUUGCAUGCAAUAUGAUCGUAUUGGUGACUUAAGGGCCUUAGAUGUAGCAGUGGAGUCAUAUUUUGAUGGCCAGCUAUUUAAGAAUAAAGUCUGGGUUGGAACAAUUGAAGGUUUGCCUGUCUAUUUUAUUGAGCCUCAUCAUCCGGCUAACUUUUUCUGGAGGGGACAAGUUUAUGGGGAGCAUGAUGAUUUCAAACGUUUUUCUUUCUUCAGCCAUGCAGCACUUGAGUUGCUUCUUCAAGCUGGCAAGAAGCCAGACAUAAUCCACUGCCAUGAUUGGCAGACAGCUUUUGUUGCACCACUUUAUUGGGACAUAUAUGUCCACAAAGGUCUUGAUUCAGCUAGAAUAUGCUUUACAUGCCACAAUUUUGAGUAUCAAGGAAUAGCAUCUGCUUCAGAGUUAGCAUCCUGCGGCCUUGAUGUUCACCAGCUAAACAGACCAGAUAGGAUGCAGGAUAACUCAGCCCAUGACAGAGUCAAUCCUGUCAAGGGUGCCAUCGUGUUCUCUAAUAUUGUGACAACCGUAUCACCCACCUAUGCACAGGAGGUGCGGACUCCAGAGAGAGGACAUGGUCUCCAUGCUACCUUAAAUUCGCAAUCCAAAAAGUUUGUUGGAAUUCUUAAUGGGAUUGAUACUGACACUUGGGAUCCUAGGACUGAUGCUUUUCUUACAGUUCAGUAUGGUGCUCAUGAUCUUCAAGGGAAAGCUGAAAAUAAAGAAGCUUUAAAAAAGCAUCUAAAACUGUCCUUUGCUGAAGCUAGACAGCCACUGGUUGGUUGUAUAACGAGACUGGUACCACAGAAAGGUGUUCAUCUUAUUAGGCAUGCAAUAUAUAGGACACUGGAGCUUGGAGGGCAGUUUGUCCUCUUGGGUUCAAGCCCUGUGUUACAUAUUCAAAGGGAAUUUGAGAGUAUUGCGAACCAUUUUCAGAAUCAUCCUCAUGCUCGUUUGAUUCUGAAAUAUGAUGAGGCUUUAUCGCAUGCCAUUUAUGCAGCAUCGGACAUCUUCAUAAUCCCAUCAAUCUUUGAGCCAUGUGGGCUCACACAGAUGAUAGCAAUGAGAUAUGGGUCUGUACCCAUUGUACGAAAAACAGGGGGUUUAAAUGACAGUGUUUUCGACCUUGAUGACGAUGCGGUUCCACCACAGAUCCGCAAUGGUUUUACAUUUUUGACACCUGAUGAGCAGGGAGUAAAUGGUGCUUUGGAGCGUGCAUUUGUCUACUAUAUGAAAAACGAUAAGAGUUGGCAGCAGCUUGUUCAGAAGAACAUGAAAACAGAUUUCAGUUGGGAUACUUCAGCCUCACAGUAUGAAGAGCAUUAUGUAAAGUCUGUCACAAGGGCGAGGGCAAGGACCGUACACACCUGAGCUAAGUUUGGGCAUGGGUUCUUUUGCCUAUUCUACUGUAAAUAGCCAGUCUAAGCCAGUGCAAUCUUCCCAAUUUUCACUCACCUCUCUAACUGAUGUGAAGUUGAUUUAGGUGUGAAGCUGCCUGAGGCUUUUCUUGCCUUCAAAACUGUGAUUCAUAAUUCAGAUGUUUUGUUAGGGAAUAUACCUAAUUCUGGAGAGAGAAAGAUCUGAGUUUGUGAUUUUAAUUGUAUAGGUACACUUGGGUUGAUUUUCCUCAUGCCUUCCCAGUUGUACAUGCAUUUCAGUCAAUCAUGUAAUUCUUUUGUUCAUUGAUAAACAAAUCUAUUGUAUAAUCUGUUGUACAAGUGUUACAUGUUCUUUUAUGUACAAUGCAAAAGAGAGAGAGACACUUUGUCUUCAUUA